CCAUCCUCUGGUGUGCCAUUUGUGCCAAGAACAGUACGAGCAUCCAUGUUUACUGGACUGUUACCACACGUUCUGUGCUAGCUGCCUCCGUGGAAGGGCCAUAGACAGCCGACUGACUUGCCCUCUCUGUCGAUCUAAAUGGUCAAACAACAUUGCCUGGUCAACUGUAUGGUGCCAGGGGCAUUUGUAGGAGAGAUAACCUUCAACAGCUGCAACAUAAACCAUGCCUUUGUGUUGGACUUAAUCGAAAGUCUCUGGGUACAUUCUGCCAAGGCCACUGUGGUAUCAAACAAUAAACCUAACACUAUCUGACACUUGAAAUUGGAUACAUAGGUCCUGGGCUGGCUACAGUUAGAGAUGUCUGAAAUGCCUGUGUGCUCACCCUUCUGCUUCCAUAUAGUAAGUCUAGCACAAGCUUAAUCGCACACUGUAGAUCUUGCACCUAUAAAAAAUGGAAAAAAGUUGGUGGUCUUUAUAAACCAGCAUGUUAGAGCAUCAGUCCGUUGUGAAAGGAAUAAAUGCACUCCCCCCAGAGGAUCGACUCCUGAAGUUCUUGGUGGACAGUUCAGCAGACAGUGAGGAAACCGUGCAGUGUGCUAACUGUGAUUUGGAGUGCAAGAAACAGGAUGUGGAUGCAAUGUAUUAUUGCAACACUUGUUGCCAGCCACUGUGUCGAGACUGCAGGGAAACCACCCACAAAGCCAAGAUGUUUUCCUGCCACGAGAUUGUCUCCUUGGCAAAGCGCACCAAAGAAGCCCACAAAAAAUGUGCCCUCCAUGAGGAACUCUACAUCAUGUUUUCUACCGAGAAAAAGUCCAUGCUCUGCAUCAACUGCUUCAGAGACAUGCAAGUGGAGAACAGAGCACACUGCAUUGAUAUUGAGACAGCAUAUAUACAAGGCUGUGAAAAAUUGGACCAAGCCGUCUUAGCUGUUAAAGAGCUUCAGACGUCAGCGCGGGAAGCCAUUAUUCUGCUCAAAGCCAUGAUUGGAGAGGUCAGGGCCAAUGUGGAUGAAGAAGAGAGCGCCAUCUGCACUCUGUUCAAUAAUAUGCAGGAAAGACUAGCAGAAAGGAAAAAGAUUCUACUCAAAGCAGCACGAAGUCAGCAUGAGGAGAAGGAGAGAGCCUUCAAAGAGCAGUUAUCUCAUCUUGCAGCUCUCCUGCCAACUCUUCAGGUUCAUCUUGUCACAUGUUCUGCCUUCCUAAGCUCAGCAAAUAAGUUUGAGUUCUUAGACAUGGGAUAUCAAUUAAUGGAGAGACUUAAGAAGAUUGUGAAACUACCACACAGGCUGAGACCAGCACAGAGCAGUAAGAUAAACACAGAGUAUCGCUCCGAGUUUGCUCGCUGCCUGGAGCCGCUUUUGCUGUUGGGGCAGCGGCGUUCAGUGUCCACUGCAGGGAGUGUGGCUUUAGGUCUGGGAAAUGCCAGUGGAAUGAUGCAAUCAUCUCUGUCAGUGCAGUGUCACUCUCCAUCCAUGAGCGACUUGUCACUGUGCUCCUCGGUGGUGCACAGGCCAACCUCACACCGUUAUAUCAGCACCAAGGUCCUGCUGGCGGAGGGCGGAGAGACGCCUUUUAUGGAGCACUGCUGCAACUAUGAGAACAGCUACAGGACUUUACAGACAGAAAUCCAGAAGCUCAAAGACCAGGUGCAGGAGAUUCACCGAGACAUGACCAAGCACCACUCACUCACCAAACCUGACACCAUGAAUGAGAUUCUGGAGAGAUCUGUUCAGGUGGACAGAGAGAUCUCAGCAGAGUACUCCUCAGUCGAGCUCAUGCGGGCCAUGUUCGAGGAGAUUUGGGAGGAGACGUUACAGAGGGUGGCAAAUGAACAGGAGAUAUAUGAAGCACAACUUCAUGACCUGCUUCAGUUAAAACAGGAGAACUCCUAUUUGACCACUAUUUCAAGACAAAUAGGCCCCUACAUUCACUCCAUAGCAAAAGUGAAAGAGCGACUGGAGCCCAGGCUGAAGGAGCCUAAAGAGCUCAAAGAUGAUCGCACAGAGAUCAUGCUGAAGCUGUAUGAGGACAGUACCUCUACUGUGGACACACAGCCCAGUAAUGAGCUGUCUUGUAACACUGGGGACAACUGGACUCUAAACAGCCUAUCAGAAGAGAGCAAUCCCAAGAACAAAGAUUACUACAGGCCAAACAAGCAGAAGAACACCACUGAUACAGCCAAUCGCAAAGCGAUACCAAUGUGAAACCGCUCUUGUGAGCUGUCAGUUUAGCAUCCACAUAUAUAAAUCUAAUUUACGGAAGCUUGGAAGAGAAAAAAACUACUAGUUUACAGUGCUUGUAUUUUAGAGAUUCACAGUAAUGUCAAAUAAACAUCAUAAACAGUG